AACUCGGGCGGCGGGCCCCCGGAGAACCGCAGCCGGGGCGAUGCAUUCGGUAGACCUCACCCAGCCGGGACGGACCUCCUAAUCUCCAGAACUGCGGGCCGCAGGGAGUUAAAUUGCUGCCUUCCUCUCCUCUCUUGCGGUUGGUGGCUUGUUUUCUAAAGGAACGUUUUAUUCACUUUUUAGCAUUUUCUACCGGGGGCACGCUACCCGCCACGGUCCAGACUCUUGCUUUGUAAACGGGUUUUCUAUGUAUGUGUGUGUAGAUAUACUUUGGACACCUUGCAACGCUUGCGCCACUCCGACAGGGGCACGGCUUGUUGUUUUGGACAUCCUUCUUCCCUUUCCACUUGGUACUCCGAACGCAGUGUGACCAAAGUCCCCACUGCCCCCCUGGACGCGGAUCGCCUGGGGGUGCAAGUUUGGGAUGCAAGAGUCUAGUUAACUGGAAGGCCUGGGACCGCCCCGCCCCCGCCGCCAGAGGUUGGGGAAGUUUACAUCUGGAUUUUCACACAUUUUGUCGCCACUGCCCAGACUCUUGACUAACCUUGUGGGCGCCGGGUUUUUGGUACUGCAGCCUUCUCAAAUAUUAGCACUGCCUCCUCGCGCCUGCCCUGUCCCUCCAGGCCGCCGAGGUCCUGCCCUCGCCCCGGCGGAGCGUGAUCCCGAGGGCGCAGUGGAGCCCGGGGCCUGGGGCCCGCGCUGAGCAGCUAUGGCUGCAGCGAUAGCCAGCUCCUUGAUCCGGCAGAAGCGACAGGCGAGGGAGUCCAACAGCGACCGGGUGUCGGCCUCCAAGCGCCGUUCCAGCCCCAGCAAAGACGGGCGCUCCCUGUGCGAGAGGCACGUCCUCGGGGUAUUCAGCAAAGUGCGCUUCUGCAGCGGCCGCAAGAGGCCAGUGAGGAGGAGACCAGAACCCCAGCUGAAAGGAAUUGUGACAAGGUUAUUCAGCCAGCAGGGAUAUUUCCUGCAGAUGCACCCAGAUGGUACCAUCGAUGGGACCAAGGACGAAAACAGCGACUACACCCUCUUCAAUCUAAUCCCUGUGGGCCUGCGUGUGGUGGCCAUCCAAGGGGUGAAGGCCAGCCUCUAUGUGGCCAUGAAUGGUGAAGGCUAUCUCUACAGCUCAGAUGUUUUCACUCCAGAAUGCAAAUUUAAGGAAUCUGUGUUUGAAAACUACUAUGUGAUCUAUUCUUCCACACUGUACCGUCAGCAAGAAUCAGGCCGAGCUUGGUUUUUGGGACUCAAUAAGGAAGGUCAGAUUAUGAAGGGGAACAGAGUGAAGAAAACCAAGCCCUCAUCACAUUUUGUACCAAAACCUAUUGAAGUGUGUAUGUACAGAGAGCCAUCACUACAUGAAAUUGGAGAAAAACAAGGGCGUUCAAGGAAAAGUUCUGGAACACCGACCAUGAAUGGAGGCAAAGUUGUGAAUCAAGAUUCAACAUAGCUGAGAACUCUUCCCUCCGUCCCUCUCUCAUCCCUUCCCUUUCUCCCCCUGCCCUUUACCCAUUUCCUUCCAAUAAAUCCACCCAAGGAGAGGAAAAUAAAAUGGCAACCCAGGACCUAGUGGCUAAGAUUCUGCACUCAAAAUCUUCCUUUGUGUAGGACAAGAAAAUUGAACCAAAGCUUGCCUGUUGCAAUGUGGUAGAAAAUGCACAUGCACAAAGAUUAGCACACCUAAAAGCAGAGGAAAAAAUAAUCAAGACUCCACAAGCAUUAAAAUAAACUGUGUUGUUAUUAAUAGAGGACUAAUUGUAAUGAAGACAUAAAUAUAAUAAAGAUGAAAUAAAGUUAUUACCUUAAAGAAAAGGGUUUUGGAGAAUUGAACUUACAAAUCGAUGUAAUAUCCUAAAUGGCUUAAACUCUGGAUAAUGCUGUGAUGUGUGUUUUGAAUUUGUAUUUUCUUUGGGCAUUUGGAAUUGACACAAAAUUGCAGUCUGUUUCCAGGAUUUUUUUUUACCAUAACAUUGAACAUGUAUGAAGUACAGAUUCUUCUAGUGCCUAUAAGGUAUAUGGCCAGGAAUCAUUUAACAUCAAGAAAAAUUUUAUUUUAAAAUUUUAUUCCUGAAAUCAAUAUUUAAGAUUGUUUUAUGCAAAGGAUUGUCAUAUGUUGAAUUUAGUGCUAUUACCUGAUUUCAUUCCUUCCUAACAAGAGUUUCUGAUUCUCCUAGAAGAUUAUCAUAUUUUUUUCAAAAGUAUUAAUUCAGGAGCUCAUUUUUUUUUCUUUAGUCACUUAGAAAAAAAUUUAGUAAGAUUGAAAUAACUUUUAGGAAAGUCUUUGUUGUUGCCAUGCCUUGGCAGUGAUAUGUAACUUAUGUGGUUUUACCAUUUGAUCUGAUUUUUUGUUUUUUUACUUUGUGGACACCUUUAAGAAUGUAGGUAAAUGUCUAGCUGUGUUAGAAGAGAGUUUUAUACCAUUUCUUGCAGCAGAAAAGAAAGAAAAGGUGUUUUACAUAAGGAAAUAAAUCCUAAGAAGUUGGUGCAAGCAAGCUGUAUCAAUAUUUGCCUUUGUACCUUACUAAGUUUUCUGUAUGUAGCAUUUUCCAAACUUCACCAAGGAAUUGGGAGGCAUGGCUGUGAAAUGCUUAACCUACUAUCUUAUGAAGCCAGUAAAUUGUUUGUUGCUAGAUAGCCUCAUUUAUAAAUCUAAUGGAAAAUAAGUCUGUCUCCUAGAACACAGAAGGAAAAUGUUAUACCCUGGAUUUUCAAGGGCCAUUGAGAAAUAAUACUGAAUUAACAGCCACGGUUCCAACAGAGGCUCCUGUUGUGGCUCACACAACAGGGUUGUGUGAGUGACUUAAAGUAAUUAAAAAAAAAGUGUAAGACUAGGCAAAUGUAUAUUUAGGAAUACUGAAAUGUUAGAGAAGAAAUGAAUACAAUUGCCUUGGGGAAAAAAUAGAUCUUCUUGGUCCUACAAAUCAGGAAUGGUAUAGAGACAUCCAAAUCAAAACAAAACAAAACAGAAUGUUAAAAAAUAUAUGCAGAUUUAUGGAUGUUAUCAAUGAGAAGACUUAGCAUGUUACUUCUCCUAUAGCUCUUCCGUCCAGCAUGUAUUGUUCCAAAUACUCCCUAAAAUAUACACUUUGCAGAAUCUCUAGGCCCUCACUUUAAUGACCUUGUCAUUGGUUGCUGUAUUCUUUCAAAGUCACUGUAAUUUCCCUCACUCCACACAAUCAUUAGUGGUCGAUGUCCUUCACCAAGUAUUCUAUUUCUCUUAUCAGGAGGUGAGCAGAAAAUGAAAUGAAGGAAUUCGUGUAAUCAGUUGCAAAGAAUAAAAGUUAUGCCUCUCGGCAAGGAUUUUGAACAGACGUCUGCAAGGGAUAUUUGUUUAAUCAAAAUAUUUGAAAAGUAAGAAAUAAAGACAUUUAAAUUAAAUAAAAGAAUGUUAUUCUUCUAGGAAAAGAAUGCCCUUGUAAAAAGAAAUACAACUCCAGUUCUAUUUCUCCUUGUCACUCUCGAUUCAACUUGAUUAUAAACACACCUGUCACUUCCAGGACCAAUCAAAUUAUAAGCACAAAGCCUUAUUUUUUUUUUUUUGAAAAAAUAAAAAGGAAGCUUCUACAAAAUGGCUCCCAGGCUCAUUUAGCAUAAAAUGACUUGCAAUUUUUGGUCAUCCACACAUCCACACAUAUACACACAUCACAAGCUCACAAGUGACACAGUUAACAGUUUCACAAAGUGUUCUCAAUUAUACUGAUGAUUUCACGAUAGACUAUAUCUUAUCUAGUUCAAUAUUAUGGAAAAUAUGAUAUAGAUAUGAAUGUCCAACAAAAUUCUUCCCUUUAUUUACAAUGGCUGUUUAUCAUUUCACGUCUAGAUGCACAUCUUCCCCCUUUCUGAAAGCACUGAAGAUAGUUCUAACUACCCAAUUUGUAUUUUGUGUUUCUCCAUAUCAUUUAAGCAAAUGUUCACCAUGGUGAAACAUUUGGAAAUUGGCUUUGUUAAGUUAUACUGAGUUUCAGAACAUAAAUUGUUGAAAAUCUCAAGUUCUUUAACAGAUUAACCUGACAAAAGCUAUGGUUUAGAGCACAGGGUGAACUUUUGCCUAACUGCUGCUUAUUUUUUUUAAGUAUAUAAAGCCUUUAAUAGAAGAAUUCAGUAUUCAUUAUCUAGGUUUUUUAAAUAUUACCAAAUAUAUACCUAUUAUUAUUCUGUUCCCUCCAAAAAUAUAAGCCAUUUUAAAUAGUUUGCUUUUCAGGUUUAUACAAAAUAAUUAUCUUGAUUUUCAUUGUCCAAUUUCUGGGUCUCAAUUCACCCAUUACUUAUUCUCCUAUAAUUAAACUUGUUUGUUUUUUUUUUUCUUAAAUGCAUUGGGAUAGUCUCAGGAAAAUUAUGACUUUCAAAAGUUUUGUAAUUGACUAUGUAAGUAUAAGGUAAAAUGUGCUUAUUCUGAGUCCUUAUUGUAUUGACAACAUGUUUCAAAAUCAGUGGGCUUAAGAAUGAAAAUGAAACUUUUGAGAAUCUCACAUAGUUUUCUGGCCAAUAUACCUUACUAAUGAUUAAGCUAGAAGUCUGAGCUAUAGAAACAAAAUGGUGCUGAAAUUCCCUUGGCUAACUCAGAGAUUUUGUGCUUCAGGAAACUGGAGGACAGCAAGUCAACUUAUCCUUGAUCAUGGUAAUAGUUUGAGUUUUGAAUUUUGCAUAUGAAUUUCAUAGCACAUUUUCAGUUAUUAUGGAUUAGCACAAUAAAAAGACAUUAAUUUGACACAAAUAA